GAUCCAAUCACCCGCGUCGAUGUGGUACAGACAAGUGAAACGUAGCCUUUGCUAGCUUUCCUGCUUUUCGACUCGGAGCUAGAUCAAGAAGCAGCUAUCCUUGUUCCGCGAGCACAGCUUUUUCCCCGGAUAAGAAAUAUCCACAUUUGACACAAGCGUAGAAUUUAACGACUCGCACCUACAAUGAGACUGCGGAUAGAGUUUGGUUAUUGGCUGCUUUUUUUUCUAGUUUCAGAUUUCUGCCCGUGUUUGGCGUUCUAUCUUCCGGGUUUAGCUCCAGUUAGUUUUUGCGAGGACGGUAAAGGAAGUGAAGAUUGCCAGACACAGAUACAGCUGUUUGUCAAUCGCCUGGACUCUGUGGAGUCCGUCCUGCCUUAUGAAUAUGACGUAUUUGACUUUUGCAAGGAUGAUAAGGAAAUGAGGCCUUCGGAGAAUCUGGGGCAGGUGUUGUUCGGCGAACGUAUCGAGUCCUCGCCGUACAAGUUUAAAUUUAAUGAAAAUGUGAAAUGCAAAGCGGUUUGCACCAAAACGUACAAGAAGGACAGCCAAGAGGAUGCUGCCCGACUGGAUUUUAUCAAAAUGGGAAUGCAGCUCAACUAUCAGCACCACUGGAUCAUCGACAAUAUGCCUGUCACGUGGUGCUAUGAUGUCGAAGACAACCAAAAAUACUGCAACCCUGGGUUCCCCAUUGGUUGCCUUGUUACUUCAGAUGGCCGACCUAAGGAUGCUUGUGUUAUUAAUGCCGAGUUCAACAAGCCAAAGACAUUUUAUGUUUUCAACCACGUUGACAUAAAGAUCUUUUACCACAACGGAGCUGCUGACGGGUGGACAGGAUCUCGGCUCGUUGCUGCCACGCUGGAGCCCAAGAGUAUCAACCAUGCAGAUGCGAAGAACCCGAACUGCGAAGGCACUGCUCCAAUGGCGGUGGCGAGCCAGUUUGAGAAUGACGUGUCCAUCGUUUACACCUACUCUGUCACAUUUGAGCAAAACAACAUGAUCAAGUGGGCUUCCAGGUGGGACUACAUCCUGGUUUCUAUGCCGCACACAAACAUCCAAUGGUUUAGCAUCAUGAACUCCUUAGUCAUUGUGCUCUUCCUGUCCGGCAUGGUGGCCAUGAUCAUGCUCAGGACGCUGCACAAGGACAUUGCCAGAUACAACCAGGUCGACCAGGGCGACUUGGUCAAGUUUCCACCGACCAAGCCGAAAUCCACUCCCUUUUAUGAAGACGCGCAGGAGGAGUCUGGCUGGAAGCAGGUGCACGGCGAUGUUUUCCGCCCACCCAGGAAAGGAAUGCUGCUUUCCAUUUUCCUCGGACAGGGCACACAGAUCUUCAUCAUGACUUUCAUCACUCUGUUCCUGGCCUGCCUGGGCUUCCUCUCCCCAGCCAACAGGGGCGCACUCAUGACGUGCGCUGUGGUCCUCUGGGUUCUGCUGGGUACCCCCGCUGGCUACGUUUCGGCACGCCUCUACAAAACAUUUGGAGGAGAGAAGUGGAAAACAAACGUCCUGUUGACAGCGCUCCUGUGCCCCGGUAUCGUGUUUGCCGACUUCUUCCUAAUGAACCUGAUUCUCUGGGUGGAGGGCUCCUCGGCAGCCAUCCCCUUUGGGACCCUGGUGGCCAUCCUGGCCCUGUGGUUUGGAAUUUCUGUGCCACUCACCUUCAUCGGUGCCUACUUUGGAUUCAAGAAGCCUGCAAUUGAGCAACCAGUGAGAACAAAUCAAAUCCCGCGUCAAAUUCCUGAGCAGUCGUUCUUCACAAAGCCCAUCCCAGGCAUCGUCAUGGGUGGCAUCCUGCCCUUCGGCUGCAUCUUCAUCCAGCUCUUCUUCAUUCUCAAUAGCAUUUGGUCGCACCAGAUGUACUACAUGUUCGGCUUCCUGUUUCUGGUGUUCAUCAUUCUGCUCAUCACAUGCUCCGAGGCCACCAUUCUGCUCUGCUACUUCCACUUAUGUGCUGAGGACUACCACUGGUGGUGGCGUUCCUUCCUGACCAGCGGCUUCACUGCAGUCUAUCUGUUCAUAUACGCCGUGCACUAUUUCUUCUCCAAGCUUCAAAUUAUCGGCGCGGCCAGCACCUUCCUCUACUUUGGAUACACCAUGAUCAUGGUCCUCAUCUUCUUCCUUUUCACAGGAACAAUCGGCUUCUUUGCUUGCUUCUGGUUUGUAAAUAAGAUCUACAGCGUGGUCAAGGUGGACUAGAGGACAGAGGGGGGGGGGGGGCGCGAGAAGGAGAUAUUAAGAGACUGUUGUGGCUGUCCAUGUGACGGUAACAUGUAUGAACGGACCAGAAGUGAGACCAUCAUUCAUCACUAAGAAAACCCCCGAGAGCCAAGUCCGUCCUCUUUUUGUGCUUUAAAAACCUCUGCCCUUCUGUAGUUUGCUUUGCAGCGUUCUCUCUUUCACUGCUAAUAUUCAGAGCGACACCAUUUUAAACGGACAGGGGAUCUCAUUGUGAGUAUUUUCUUUUUGUGGGAUUAAAAAAAAAAAAACAUUGAUUUGUGAGGAAAAUGCAAAUGUCUUGAUUUUUCUAUUCCCCUGUUAAAUGUUUUGGGUCUUUUUUUUGGUUGUUUACUGCAAUGAUGGCAGAAAAAAAUGCUUGUACAUAUAUUGUAUAGACAGAACGAAGGAAAGAAUGCUCAUGACUUUCUGUUCUUGUUUUAGGGCUUUAAAUCCUGAACUAUAUCAGCCUGUAUUGUAGUUGAGAAAGCAUAUAAAAACACUGACAUUGUUGCUGAUCCAUGUCCUUUUCUCUUGUAUUUAUACGAUUGCGUUGAAGAAAAGGCGGAGAGCGCCAGACGUCGUAGAUUUUGGCAGCAUGUUCCAAAAUGGAGGAUUUUUUUAAAAUUCCAAAUUGUUUUAUUUCAUUCAAAUCAGAAGCGUCUGUGAAUUCACUGAUUUAAUUGCUUUUGUUUCAGACACUGUUUGCUUCAACAGGAAUGAGGAAGGAUGUAUGUGUGUGUGUGUGUGUGGGCGGGGGGGUCGUCACACACGGUGAUAUGUUUUGCAAAUAUAUAGUUAAUACAAUGUCACACUUUGUACAAGCCUCUUGAAUGUAUACGCAAACAUGGAUUAUGUAUUGUUUUCACUCUGGUUUGGAAAUGAAGGCAAAUUUCAUCGCUCA